AAAAAUAUCCCUGUAGAUGACUUGACGUACCUGCCUCACGUCAAGAUAAUUCCGAAAAAUCGUCUACAAACAAGAGCCCUUUUUCCAACCGAAAAGGUUGUGUUCAUCCCUUUUUGCUAAAUACAUUUAUUCGAGUAAAAAUGCCCCGUGGUAAAUUCGUUAAUCACAAGGGACGUAAUCGUCAUUUCACGAAUCCUGAAGAGCUUGAGGAGCAGAGGAGAGCUGAUGAGGAGAAGAGAAGGUGGAGGCAACAAAAAGGCGGGGAUUCUUCGAGUGAGGAGGAGGAAGAGCCACCGAAGAAGCCCAGCAAGGCAAAACAGCCCUCAGAAUCUGAAAGUGAGAGUGAAUCCGAGUCCUCGGGGUCGGAGAAUGAGGGAAAGGCGAAGGGAGUUGAGGCUUUAAUUGAAGUGGAAAAUCCAAACAGAGUUCAGAAAAAAACGAAGAAACUUUCACAGUUGAAUAAUGAUUUAGCACAACAAUCGUCAAAGCCGGAAUUAUCACGGCGAGAAAGGGAACAAUUAGAAAAACAGCGUGCCUACGCGAAUUAUCAAAAGCUUCAUGCCGCUGGUAAAACGGAUGAGGCACGUGCAGAUCUAGCGCGAUUAGCUAUAAUUAAGCAACAGAGGGAAGAGGCCGCUAAGCGAAGAGAAGACGAGAAAAAGCAGAAGGAGCAGGCUGCUCAGAAGAAAACGGAAGCGACGCAAAAAGCACUGGGAAAACGGACCUGAAGAAUAAUUUUGUAAUUCCAUUUAUUUUUGAUUUAAAGAAAGAAAAAAAAUACAGAUUAAUCCAUCUUGUAUACCACUGAUGCUAUGCUAAUACCUUAACAUAAGGUUCAAUCUUACAAUUUUUUCUUAUGUAUCAAUAAAAUCUACAUAAAAUCUA